CGGGGACCGAGAGGGGCCGUGAGGGGACCGGGAGCGGCGGCGGCGGCGGCCGAGGGGCCUGGGACUGACCCGGCACCGACCCGGCUCUGACCCGGCACCGACUCGGCUCCGAGGAAAUGAACGUUUAGAAAGAGAUUUGCCAAAUAAAGAAGAUGGGAGCAAAUAGCAGCAGCAUCAGUGAGCUUCCAGAAAACGAGUACUUAAAAAAGUUGUCAGGAGCAGAGCCCAUCUCUGAGAAUGACCCGUUCUGGAAUCAGCUGCUGUCUUUUAGCUUCACCACUCCAACAAACAGCGCUGACUUAAAACUCUUGGAAGAAGCCACAAUCUCAGUCUGCAAGUCUUUAGUUGAGAAGAAUCCUCGGACAGGAAACCUUGGGUCAUUGAUUAAAGUCUUUCUUUCUAGAACCAAAGAAUUAAAAAUUUCGGCAGAAUGUCAGAACCACCUCUUUAUCUGGCAGGCUCACAAUGCACUGUUCAUUAUUUGCUGUCUGCUGAAGGUAUUCAUCAGUCGAAUGUCAGAAGAGGAGCUCCAACUUCAUCUUACUUACGAAGAGAAAGCAGGACCAGGCUCAUAUGGAGCAGAGUGUGAAGACCUCAUAGAAGAGUUGCUGUGUUGCCUCAUCCAGCUUAUUGUUGAAAUUCCACUCUUAGAUAUUACAUACAGUAUUUCUUUGGAAGCUGUGACAACUCUCAUCGUGUUCCUCUCCUGCCAGUUAUUCCACAAAGAGAUUCUGCGAGAGAGCAUCAUCCACAGAUACCUGAUGCAUGGCCGAUGUCUCCCAUACACCAGCAGACUUGUGAAAACUUUGCUGUAUAAUUUCAUUAGACAAGAGAGAAGCCCCCCUCCAGGGACUCACGUCUUUCAGCAGCAAACAGAUGGAGGAGGAUUGCUUUAUGGAAUUGCAUCUGGGGUGGCAACUGGCCUGUGGACAGUGUUCACACUCGGCGGGGUGGGCAGCAAAGCGUCGCCGCAGCUGGAGCAGUGCUCCCCGCUCGCCAGCCAGAGCCUGCUGCUGCUGCUGGUCUUGGCCAACCUGACUGAUGCCCCAGACAUGCCCAACCCCUACAGGCAAGCUAUUAUGUCCUUCAAGAACACACAAGAUAACACUGCUUUUUCAUCGUCAAAUCCACACGCUUUCCAGAUUAACUUUAACAGCUUAUACACAGCUUUGUGUGAGCAGCAGAAGUCUGAUCAGGCCACUCUCCUUUUGUACAUGCUUCUGCACCAGAACAGCAACGUGCGGACGUACGUGUUGGCACGGACAGACAUAGAAAAUCUGGUUCUGCCAAUUCUUGAAAUCCUGUACCACGUUGAGGAAAGGAACUCACACCAUGUUUACAUGGCUCUUAUCAUUUUGCUAAUCCUCACAGAGGAUGAUGGCUUCAACCGAUCCAUUCACGAAGUGAUACUGAAAAACAUCACUUGGUAUGCUGAGCGUGUCCUAACAGAGAUCUCACUUGGGAGUCUCCUGAUACUGGUGGUGAUAAGAACCAUCCAGUACAACAUGACACGGACAAGGGACAAAUACCUUCAUACAAAUUGUCUGGCAGCCUUAGCAAACAUGUCAGCCCAGUUCCGCUCCCUUCAUCAGUAUGCUGCUCAGAGGAUCAUCAGUUAUACCUGCCGCCACUUGCGGAGAUAUGUGUAUGUCUUGGACAAACUGUAUUUCCCCCACUCCCACUGCUCUACGCUGCAGCAUUGCUUCUCGACCCUCAGUGACAAUGGAGAGGAACUCUUGUCUUUAACUUGUUCUCACAUUCUCAGAUCCUAUGCUUCCAGUUUAUUUUCUCUGUUGUCUAAAAAGCACAACAAAGUGCUGGAACAAGCCACACAGUCCUUAAGAGGUUCCCUGGGGUCAAGCGACUCUCCAUGUCCUGAUUAUGCGCAAGACCUGAAUGUGAUCGAGGAGGUGAUCAGAAUGAUGCUGGAGAUCAUCAACUCCUGCCUGACAAAUUCCCUCCAUCACAACCCGAACCUGGUGUACGCGCUGCUCUACAAGCGGGAUCUGUUCGAGCAGUUCCGGACUCACCCUUCCUUCCAGGACAUCAUGCAAAACAUAGAUCUGGUGAUCAGCUUUUUCAGCUCCCGAUUAGAGCAAGCUGGAGCUGAGCUGUCAGUGGAGCGAGUUCUGGAAAUCAUCAAGCAGGGAGCUGUUGCUUUGCCCAAAGACAGGCUAAGAAAGUUCCCCGAGCUGAAGUUCAAGUAUGUGGAGGAGGAGCAGCCUGAGGAGUUCUUCAUCCCCUACGUGUGGUCCCUGGUCUACAACUCUGCCGUGGCCCUGUACUGGAACCCCCACGACAUCCAGCUCUUCACCAUGGACUCUGGCUGAAGGACACCCAGCCCAACCCAACCCAACUCUUGUCUUCUUACAGAAAACGAACCUCUGCACCGCGUGUUGAUGCGUGACCCCUUCCAACGUGCACCCUCUGACCCCAAAGCUUACAGAGAAUGAAGUUGCCACCACUGUACAGCCCAUUUUUGGAAGCAGAUUGCCGCCGACACGCUGGUGACAGGCUGUGGUGUGAGGGACUUGUAGGCAACCCUGUAUUUAUAACCAUAACCUAGAGCUUGUUUGAUGAAAAUGAGGCCUUACACAUGGGGUGUGAUGUUACUACCAACCACAAACCUGAUUUUUCUUUUAACUUAACGGGGGUAAAUGAGGAAAGGGGCUUUGGUUUGGAAGCAGCGUUUGUGUUUUUGUUUCUUUCAGGCGAGGCAGCUUCGUCGGGUCAAGCUUUUUAUGGUCUGUUGGAUUCUGCCGUGGGUUGAUUGUUGCUUAAUCCCAUGUUUUCACUCACAGCCCUCCGUUUCCGUGGCACUGUCAGGGCUUCAGUCCUGAAAUUGGUGUCUACACUGUCAUCCAAGGGAACUAAGCAAGCAGCAUCUUAAUCAGAUUAGCUCCCAGGCAGAUUCAAAACACUUGAUUUAGAUGUUUGUGGGAGGAUUUUCAAUAGCAAGUCUUUUUUGUUGUUGUUGUUUUUUUGACUGGCAAAUACUCUACAUAGGGCUAGAAACACCAGCUUUCGGGGUCAAGUCCCUUACAGACUUGUUUUUCUGUGCUCCUGUACAAAAGUUGUUCCUGGAAAUUGAAGGUGUAGGGAAGGGGGGGUUGGAAAAAGUCCAAAGAAAAUAAUUAUAAGAUUGUAAAGUAGACCAGUGUCCUGUAAUGUGUGUAAUGGUGACAGUGUGUCCUGGGGAUCCUCGACGAAGCUCUGUGUUGAAACCCCCCUUUUUGGUAUUGAAGGUUUUAUGGCAGAAGUAUAAAUUUAUCUGAAUGUAGAGUACUUCUCUUUCUUUCUGUCGUUGUUUUCAAGUGCCCUUUCCUGAUACACCUGUUUCAGCAGUGGGAAAAGCAGAAGAAAUGUGGUGUGAUUCUGAAAGAACAUCUCAUGUAUCAAAGUGGGGAUAUUUUUUUGGGAGAGACUCCCAACGAUGCCCGUUGCACACACGUGCACACACUCUCCUCAUCCCACGUGCUGCUGUGUGGGGGGACUGUCACCAGUGCAUUGCAUGCCAAAACUUCCAAUUUCAAGGAAUCAGUUCCUAAACAUAUGUGGCAACCCUCUGUAUUCACUGCCUGCUCCAGCAUGUUCUGUUUGUUGACCUGAGGAAUCAGGUGCAUUUGCUUUCAGACAGUCCUUCAAGUGGCUUUAAAUAGAAUUUCUUGCACUGUUUGGUCCCCCUAAAGGAUGUGCUAAGAUUGUACUUUCCUUUUAUCUGCUUAUUUAGAGGUGGAAGUCCAUUUGAGUCCUACACAAAUGGAAUUGCUGGCUUAAAAAAAAAAAAAAGCUUUCCAGAUUUAUUAAAAUAUAGCUACAAAGGGAUAUAUAUAUAUAUAUAUCUACAGCCCUGGAGCAUUUAGGACUUUAAAAUGGCAGAAGCUUUUGAGAAAAGGCAAUGUUAAGACUGGGGAUGCAGUGUUCUUAGGCAAAUAGGAGAAAUGAAUGAACCAUGACUGAGCUGCACAUAAGUUGAUGCUGUGUUUUUGAACUUACUCUGUUUUGUUUUGUUCUUUGAGCAAACGUCAAAAGGGGAUGACUUUUCUUACUUACUGUAGUGAUUCGUAAUUUUGUCUUUAUUAAAAGACUAAGAGUGUUUGUGAGUCAGCAGGGCUGCCCAGCUUUGGAGAGGUCAGUCUGAAGAUGCACUUUUAAACUGGGGAUUCUGAAGCUCCUGGGAUGGCUCAGUGUUCAUCUGUUUUUAAGCAGAACUCGAACCUGCCCAAGGGGAGCACCCUCCACCCCUGGGGCGAGAGAGGCCUCACCAGAGCAGACAACUCAGCCAGGUGCCAGACUGCAGAGAGCCUGAUUUGUUCUGUGAGAGGGCUUUUUACACAGAGAAGGGUACAUAAAGCAGCAGUCUGACAGAAUAGGUCAAACCAGCUGCUGAACCAGCGUGGGAGUCGCGCAGCGAAUUGUCUCUCGCUGUCCUCUCGUUGUGGGGACACUGAAGUACAGAAGGAACAGGUUUGUUCCAAUGGCAUAAUUUCCUUGUGUGUUUAAUAAUAUGCUGUGCUCCCAGGUCCCAGCUGGUUUGGAACAGCUGGAGUUACCAUCUAAAGCUGGAACAGAGGAGCCAGACCAAGAUUUACACUAAAAUCCGUUGGCUCUUCCAAGAGUUGGAGCGUGAUGUGGGUCUGGCAGUGCCCUGAUGUCUGCACUCUGGUACGGUCACAAAUACUCUUGUUUUCCUUCACCUUAGGGAUCCUUUUCAUUACUUUGUGUGAAAGAUUUAUUAUGCAUAAUAAAAAAAAAA